CAACUUCGCGGCACAUGACAAGCAGGGCACGUUCGUACCUACCAUUCUUGUCUCGGCGUUAGUACGGCGUUGUUACCAGCGCGGAAAGGGGAUGGGCAGGUGAGCACAUCUGCGCGCGGAAAUCUGCCGGAGGGUUUUCUCCAGGCCCACCAAGACGCACGCGCUCUGAGAUUGCUGUACAGUAUUUCCCAGGCUCUUUCGCUCGCCCGGUUGGAGUUAGGUUUACACAUGCGUGCUUUGGCCGCUCUCUUCUAUAGGAGUUGACACAAUGGAAAUCAGCAGCAGAAUUGAAUGUAUAUUUUUCAGUGAAUUCCAUCCAACACUGGGACCUAAAAUAACAUAUCAGGUACCAGAGGAUUUUAUUUCCCGAGAGCUGUUUGAUACAGUACAGGUAUAUAUCAUCACCAAACCUGAACUGCAAAAUAAGCUUAUCACAGUCACAGCUAUGGAAAAAAAGCUAAUUGGUUGCCCAGUUUGCAUUGAACAUAAGAAAUACACCCGGAAUGCCUUGCACUUCAACCUUGGCUUUGUUUGUGAUGCUAGAGCUAAGACCUGCGCACUGGAACCUAUUGUGAAGAAAUUGGCAGGUUACCUUACUACUCUGGAGCUUGAAAGUGGUUUCAUUUCCAAUGAUGAGAGCAAGCAAAAAUUGAUACCCAUCAUGACCAUCCUGCUUGAACAACUGAAUGCUACUGGCAAAUGCACUCUGCCUAUUGACGAAUCAAACACCAUUCACCUGAAAGUGAUUGAGCAACGUCCAGAUCCCCCCAUUGUACAGGAAUAUGAUGUCCCUGUCUUCACCCAAGAUAAGGAUGACUUUUUAAAUUCUCAAUGGGACCUCACUACUCAGCAGAUCUUGCCAUAUAUUGAUGGAUUUCGGCACGUUCAGAAAAUAUCAGCUGAAGCAGACGUGGAACUCAAUUUGGUUCGAAUCGCUGUGCAAAAUCUCUUAUACUAUGGUGUAGUCACUCUAGUUUCAAUACUUCAGUACUCAAAUGUAUAUUGCACCACUCCUAAAGUUCAGGACCUAGUGGAUGAUAAAUGCCUGCAAGAUGAAUGUCUCUCAUAUGUCACAAAACCAGGACACAAGCGAGCCAGUUUGAGAGACGUUUUCCAGCUGUACUGUGGGCUGAGCCCUGGGACAACUGUCCGAGACCUCAUUUGCCGCUAUACCCUCCAACUCCAGAGAGUGGAUGAAAGAAAGCUCAUCCAGUUUGGUUUGAUGAAGGGCCUUAUUCGGCGACUGCAGAAAUAUCCUGUAAAAAUAGCUCGGGAUGAAAGAAGUCAUCCAGCUCGACUGUACACUGGCUGCCAUAGCUAUGAUGAGAUUUGUUGUAAAACAGGAAUGAGCUAUCGGGAAUUGGAUGAAAGAUUAGAGAAUGAUCCCAAUAUAAUUGUUUGUUGGAAAUGAGCCUAUUCAAGAAAUGGGAUGGUUAUUAUGCCCUGCUAACUUUUAUUUGGGCUGCAUGAGACAGGACUCUUCUGGCCCCAGGACUCUUCUGGCUCAUGAAAAGCAGCAUGGCUUAAACUGUGGCACUCCCUGAAAAAGUGUGGUAAAUGGAUUUGACCCUCUUUGAUCAGCAGAGAUGCAGAACAAGGCCUCUUCUAUGGGCGGUUUAAAAAUACACAGGGGUAUAAAGAAGCUUUGGAAGGCUAUGGUGUUGAGCAGUGGAUAACCCAUGGGUUGAAAAAUAGUUUGGGAGGAAUUGGAGUGGAAAAAUGUCUAGCAGAGAAUGCUGUACAGUAAAUCCUCCCCCUUAAUCUGCUGCUUCUCAGCUGAAGACAGCAUAGUAGCUCCUCAGUAGGCAGAAAAAUCUAUUCUGCUUAUUGCUGUCUCGUUCUUGUUUUUCCCCAUAACUAAUAAAUAUCUUUGUCUAUCAUAAUGUACCUUCUUUUUUAACAAACGGGAUCAGGAUGUCUCAUAUCCACUUGAAAUCCUUUAAGAGUUUUGACAAAAAGCUGCAGAUUGUAAUAUCUGCUGUAAUAAAUCAUGGAUAAUCAUGCUAAUAAAAAGCAAGUGCAUUCUUUUUCUUGGGUAAAAUACUGCAGUAAAAUUGUGGAAAUAAAGCUGCAGCAUAGUUAUAUUUAAUAUAAUUGGGCUGAGCCUAUUUACCUUGUAUACUUUUCAUAGCUUUUUAGUUAUGAGAAAGAAUAAUGGGCCUCUUGUAUUUCAUAAAGCUCACGUAAAUCAGAAUCAUUUUUCCAUGGAAAUGUAAUGCAAAUGCAGCAAUUGAAAGGGA